GGUAAUAUCUAAAACGCCUCUAAGUGUAUGUUGCCAAAACCUCUGCCUACCUGGCACCAGACUUGCUGGUGGCUUGCCCUAGAUUACCGUGUGACAAGGCAAUUGUCACACUGAACAAUACUGCCACUCACCGGGACGGGCCAAAGAAAUGCAAGCAGAAACAGACACCAGGUUCCUCUGCCGCAGUCCUUCUGGACAGGAUACCAAAAGGUCCGGGCGCCAGGCCUAAGGCAGAGCUCCAUUCGAAGAGAUGAAGGUGAUGAUGCUGGUGGUGAUGAGGAGGAGGAGGAAGAGCAAUUACAGAACUAUUCUGCUGGAAAAUGCUGGCCAAUGCAAUUGGGAUUGUGCCGAGAAUGCGUGUGCGGAUUACUAAGGCUAGUGAGCAGCUACUAGAGAUCUAAAUCGACUUUAAAGGAUUGUCAGUGGUUUAAAAAUAUUAAAUGCAGCCUAUACAAAAGAAUAAAACAGGAAGAGCUCAUGAUGGAUUGACUACGUGCAAAGGCCAUAGGCCUGUCUUUUCCAGUGGGUGUGAAGAGACAUUUAUAUCAAGGAAAAAUUCUUACACAGGCUAUGGAAGCGAGGUUGCUUGUGUAUCCCACGUGGCUUGUACUGUUUUCACACUCAACAUCAACUUCAAACAUAGCUCAAAGCCAAAGCUCAUUUUUCUUAACUUAUUCCAUGAGGAGGCAAACAAGCUCGGAAAGCUACUUCUCCAUCCUUCUCUGCAACCCGUUACAGUUCUCAGAUUUGAAGACCUGGGUCAAGCCCUCUUGUCCAAGCAGAGAAGCCAGGUCCUCCAAGCAAAGCCCCGUCACAGCCCGUUCCACACAUUGUCCUCCCCAGGGACAAACUUCACGGCUAUUGCUCCGGUGUCAUUUGAACGUAUCGGCAGCCUUCCUCCUGUCUUGUAUGAAUCCCUGCAAAGGAAAUUCACUUCAGAUAACUCUGCAUUAAAAUCCAGCUCAGCACAUGUACAAAGAGAUACGCUAGUGCCCUUUGCCAAGCUGCCCAGCAGGAUGAGCAGUAACAAAGGUCCAAGAAUGUACACAGGGCUGCAUGCAGACAGUGUUCUGGCGUCAGGAUACAAAUACGCUGAUAAAUGCGUGCAUUGAAGGCGAGCUUAGGAUUUGCUUUCAGUGCUGCUUUGUCUGAAUAAGAAACAGAUGGGAGCCGGCGCUUCUGGACUCUCUAGCUCCGCGUGCUGUCUGCUGGUGUUCUGGGACCCAGAACUGUGACUCAGUCAGUACCUUAUAUCUUUAUCUCUCAAAUGCAGACUGAUGUAGGAGGAGUGCUAAAAACUGAAGGCCUGAGGAGAGGAGGGAGGGGAAACUGCGGCCACUAUGUAAAAUAAAUGGGGGGGUAAAAAAGCUAUUUCAAUAAAAUAAAAUUUUAGAAAAAGAAAAAAUACUAAGUAGAAAAAAAUUCAA